GGGAGGGAGCGAGCGAGCGAGCGGAGCGGGAGAGUGUCAAGAUGGCGAGCGUGCUGUCCAGGCGCCUGGGGAAGCGCUCCCUGCUGGGCGCCCGCGUUUCCACGCCCAGCUCCUUGGCAGACAGGAUGCUGGGGGCAGCCCAAAUCCCUACGUUGCAGGCGGAGCUCAGCAGAGUGUCUUCCCACCUGGCUUCGUAUGAGGGUGGUCGGUGCAAGGAGCAGGGAGAGGAGAACAGCACGAUGCCCAGCUUCCCAAACCUGAACCGCUUACAGCUCCACCCAGGACAAAGAGUUUACGUCACCUAUAACGGGCAGGAGUGCACUGGCCUGGUAGAGCAGCACAAUCAGCUGAACAACGAGGUGCAGGUGCUGCUCCUGGAGCAGGGAGUGCACACCUGCUGGAAGACAGGGGACGUGAGACUGGCUGAGAUGCAAAGAUCACCGCCCCCUACCCUUCCGAUGGACCAUAGCCCUGCCACUGCGAUGGACCAGAGCCCUGCCACUGGAUCAGUUCAGAGAUCGGUUUCUAGGAAUAUCGAUGUACCUAAAAGGAAGUCCGAUGCUGCUGUGGAAAUGGACGAGAUGAUGGCAGCUAUGGUGCUGACCAGCUUGUCCUGCAGCCCUGUGGUGCAGAGCCCGCCCAGCCGCGAAAGCAGCAUGCCAGCGUCCCAGGCAGCCUGCGACUCAUGGAAGGAGAGUGGCGACGUGUCGGACAGCGGCAGCAGCACCACCAGCGGGCACUGGAGUGGCGGCAGCGACAUCUCCACCCCAUCACCCCCGCAUCCUGAAGCCAGCCCCAAGUACUCGAGCGAGGCCUUGAGCUCCCCUCAGGCUGACGACGGCUUUGAGACAGACUCGGAUCCUUUUCUUCUCGAUGAGCCGGCCCCAAGAAAGAGAAAGAACUCGGUGAAGGUGAUGUACAAGUGCCUGUGGCCAAACUGUGGGAAAGUCCUGCGAUCCAUUGUCGGGAUCAAGCGUCACAUCAAGACCCAGCACCUUGGAGAUGGCGCAGACUCUGACCAGCGGAGGAGGGAGGAAGACUUCUACUACACCGAAGUUCAGGUGAAAGAAGAAGCUGCUCCAGAGUCUGCCACCAGCCCCACCUUUGGGUCCUCACCCGUUGUCCUCCAGCAGGCCCUAGCCAAGCCAGAGGCUUUGGCUUUGGAUCAGGCAACCUUGGAGUCUCACCUCCCAAACAGUGCCCUCAGUCAGUCUGCCCCCAGUUCCUUCUGGCAUAUCCAGGCAGAUCAUGCCUAUCAGGCCUUGCCAUCAAUUCAGAUCCCGGUGUCACCGCACAUAUUCACCAGCAUCAGCUGGGCUGCUGCCACCUCCACCAUCCCUUCUCUCUCCCCAGUUCGAAGCAGAUCACUGAGCUUCAGUGAACACCAGCAGCCGACGCCAAUGCUGAAGUCACACUUGAUCGUCGCGUCUCCUCCCAGGGCUCCCAGUGGCACCAGAAAAGUCCGUGGCGAAGCCAAGAAAUGCCGUAAAGUGUAUGGAAUUGAGCACCGAGAUCAGUGGUGCACGGCCUGCCGGUGGAAAAAGGCCUGCCAGCGAUUCCUGGACUGAGCACGUGAACGUUUCAGGAGUAUUGAAUUUCUCUCUCUCUCUCAGCCGAGAGCACCCAAAGUUCGUCAUUGCUGAAACCAGGGCACAGCAAACUUGGAGAUAUCUAUCUCCUGUGGCUUCAGCAGAGAUCUCAAGAGCUGCAUGUAAAUUCCAAGUUCUGUAUAUUGUAUGUCAGCUAGAUUUAUUAAUUUUUUACACUUUCUGUGGGUUUUUUACAAAUGUGUUUUGUUUUUUGUUUUUUUAACAAAACCUCCCAUUUUAUAGUAAAAAUAGGGAGGGAAAGAAAGAAAGCUGGUUGCUUGGUGUUCAUAGGAGACUUGUUUGGUGGUCCAGGGACCAAAGAACUUUGUACUGAUCUCCCAGCUCAAUAGUAAAGUCUACUGAUCUUUCAGGUCAGUAGCUGGGAUAAGGAGGUGAGGAUCAUCUCUCUUGUUACUUCACUGGCUAGAAAGCUCGAAGUCUGCUGUUGUUUAAAGGGACACGGUCAGAAUAACAAUCAUAGUUUAAAAAAGGAAAAUAUAUUCAUGUUUUACUAGUAACACCUUAAAUUAUUGGAAUGGGAGGAAUUUAAAGUUCUUUCCUUUGCUUUUUACCAAUGAUACCGUGUUUACUUUUUACAGCUCUCAGCUCUGACAGUAAAGCUGGACUUGCUAUGUCUCUGGUCAGUUUCACUUCCUGGUUUUUAUGUGUUCUGAUACAGCUGCAUCAGCAAUGUUGAAAUCUUAAAAUAUACAUCAACAUAUAUUUUUAUCUUUUGAGGUUUUUUUUUAAAACAAAACCAUUUUUUUUGUUUGUCUUAGAUUCAUGAAAACAACUUAUUUCUUUGAAAAACAGAAAAUUUGGGUCUAACAGUGUCUCUUUGAACUACAGGGAAUGGAUUUUAUUUUGAAACCUGAUGUAGCUUUCUGCAGAGUUGGCAGGAUCAAUAUUGUUAACCCAAGAGGACUAUAAAGGAUGGACACACACACAUUUAGGCCCCAAUUCAGCAAAAUGCUUAGAUACGUUUUUACAUUAUGUUGAAAUCAGUGGGAUUAAAGUACAUGCUGAAUGAGCUGGGAUUACUUGCAUGCUUAAAGAUAAGCACCUGCUUAUGUCAUUUGCUGAAUGAGCGUCAUAGGUAUGUUACGAAAUUCUGAAUUGUGAAAGAUGUCGGAACCCAGCUUUCUGGCUUUCGUUUUUAAAAAAUUCAUAUUCUCUGUACAUGAUUCAGAUGUUUCUGGUUUGAUGAUCUAUCUUUGUGUACAGUGUACCGUCCUCUGGGGGUAGAAUUUGUCCCUGUUUGCCUGAUUCUCACUUAUAGCAGUGUAACUUCAGUGAAGUUACUCCUGACUUGCACAGGUUUAAAUAAGCGAAGAAUCAAGCCCGAGGAGUCUUUCUGGAAUUGCGGGGGGAGGGGUUGGGAGAGCUGGAGGGACAGAUCAAAGGUUCCAGAGCCCCCUCUGAUUUUGGAGAAGAGCACCAUUUAAUUCACCACCAGCAAUCAGGUCCAAUUGUUAUUGUUUUUUUGGUCUUUGCUCUCCUGACUAAUCAGCCACAUGUAGGAAGUGCCCAAUCUACUGUUUGAGCUGUGAAAAGCCACUUGGUAGCGAGUGCAGUCCAGCCACAAUACCAGCACACAAAUCGCAGCUGCUGUGAGAAGCAGCAGAGGGCAUCCCAUGACACAGUGAGCUGUCAGUUUGGCCCUCCAUGGACAGGACCCUGGCAACCAGGAUGCUACUGUCAGUGUCUCCGUCCAUCUCACUGUGUGGCCUUGGAGCACCAAGGCACAGAAUUUUGUUCUGUACGUCCCCAUUUUGUGUCUUGGGGAGUCAGCGGUUGUUUCCAUCACUGAACCCAGUACAGUGUGCGAUGGUAACAGUGAGGGUUGACUGGGACACUGCCCCCAGAGUGUGCCAUUUUGAUCAUGUUGAACUCAGUGGGUGUCACAGAAGUGCUCUGGCACAGUCACUAAGGAGCCAUGGUUUCUCUUAACGGGGCAAGGAAUGCCCCGUCACUAAAGCCAUUCAAGUGCUACGCUCUGUUGUGCAGAGAAUCCUGGCGCUGUGAAGUCUGUUUUGUUUGUAAAUACAAAAUGGCAGCUACACACGAGCCAUAUGGUCCAUGUUGUGCAUAAUUGGGCUGCAGUCAGAGUUGAAGGUUUUGUAUUAAUGGGAGUGGGUGGGACGGGGGUCACUGGACUUUUUGCUGCGUUUUUGAUAAUCAUAGGCCAUAAACUGCAGACCUCAACCCAUGGGCAAGGCAGAAACAAGCCUGGUGUAUUUUUAAGGACCAUAUGAUUGACUACACUUUCUUUGUAAAAACAAUUCAUGUGACCAGGAGGAUGUUGUUUCCUCCCGGAUCAACGUGAGCCUGGUUGAUAAAGGGGCAGGUGGUGCAGUCAAAGGGGGUUAUAUAUGGGCGUGCUUGUUGGUAUUUUUUUGGUAAUUUUGUACAUAUAUACAGUAUAUCGUUUUAGAACCCAGUCUUCUGCUUGCUGUUAAAUUGAUGGAUCCCAAAUUGGCCUAUGGAACAAAGCAGGAACAAAGUGAGUGUGUCUCCCUAUUUGUUUUUUUUCACCUAGUCCACUGGUUCUCCAGUGGGAUCUGAGCCAAUGGAAUCAGCUAGGCCUGAUUCAAUAGAAUCAGGUUCUUUACCUGGGUCCAUGUGGGUCUGAUGCCAAGUCCAUUGAAGACAAUGGGAGUCCUUCAGUUGACUUCAGUGACUGCGGUUCAGACACUUUAUGAAGGAACGAGUCCGUAAGAGGCCCUCUCUUACACUUCAGUCCCUCCACUGUGAUUCUUACUCAGAUGAUCACCAUAAAGAGCUAGCAGUUUGAGAUCCACUGGCUUAGUCUAAUGUGAGAAAUGUGGAUUAUGAAAGCAGACAAGGUGCUGAACUGUUCUAUACAGGUGACCUUUGAAGGAAAACUGCAGUGAUUUGUCAUAACAGGUGUUAUUAAGCUCCAUGGAGGUGUUAUAUUUGACUAAAUAUUGUAAAGGAAUCACAUUCCAAAAGAGAUUUCAGACAUUGUGGUUGUUCUGCCUCAAAAGUACCAUUCAGAGAAAGGGGUUGAUGAUAGUCAGUUGGGGCUGCCAUUUUCAUGGUGAAGAAUUGUGCUUCCCAGCAGCCAGAGUGCUACUUGAACCCUGACAGGACAUAGUUCAAAAUUGGGCCGUUCUAAAAUAUAUUCUAUUUAUUUUAAAAUGUUUCAGUUGAUUUAAUGGUUGGUUUUAACCAACUUCUUGUAUUAAUCAAAAACAAUGUAAAACCCCCACAAAUCUUCGAAACAGUCUAAUUUCCAGGUGUUUUUACUUGACUUGAAUUUGCUGAAUCCUAACCUGCCAAUGCACCUUUCGGUUUAUUAAUAAUUGGUCUUUACUGUAUUUCAAAAAGAGAACAGGAGUACUUGUGGCACCUUAGAGACUAACAAGUUUAUUUCAGCAUAUGCUUUCGUGGGCUACAGCUCACUUCUUUGGAUGCAUAGAAUGGAACACACAGACAGAAGACAUUUAUACAUAUUGCUCUUGCAGUGCUUGUAUGAGUACUCCCAGGGACCUCAGCACUGCAGUGGGACGACUCACAUGAGAAAGGGCUGUGGAAUUGGAUACAUAGUUUAACCACUGCAAUUAAGAGCUAUCUUUUGGGUUACAUUGCAGUUUUCCCUUAAGGCUGACGCCUGUGCCCAUUGAUAAAAUUAUGAAAGAAAACCUCUUGUCUCCCAGUUUGAACUCUUGAUGUUGGAUGCUGCUUACUUGCAUGCAAGUGCUACUGUGUUUUUUGCACUCGAGUUAUGGAAGGAUAAAGUAAAACUGACUAGAACCAUUGCCUGCAAUUCAAAUUGAAGUCUUUUUUGAGGCCCAAAAUUUCAGAUUCUGAUUUUAUUAGUAGUUUUUCAUUCCCAGUUCUGGAACCAGAGAAAUGCCUCAUCUCUUAUUCCUGGCUCAGCUCUUUAAGGUUUUCAUCCCUCAUUACUGUAGUAUCUGAGCACCUCAUAAUCUUUAAUGUAUUUUUUCUCACAACACCUCUGUGAGGUAGGGUAGUGCUAGUGUUCCUAUUUUAUAGGUAAGGAGUUGAGACACAGGAAGUGGAGAGGUCCAGAAAUCUUAUUAGAGAGCCUAUUUUAUGACCUUUUUAGAACAAUUUGCAGACUUAAAAUAAAGCCAUCUUAGCAGUUUACUGAUUGUAGUCUCCUCUCUCUCUCCAGCCCUGAGAUUGGAGGAAUAGAACACAACUCACCCUGCCCACCCUUCGCUCUCUUUCUCUGGGACUGUUGGGCCCUUCUCUUGCUUAGGACCCUGCAAUUCAUAUGGUCAAUCUGGGUCACUCAGGAAAUUAAAAUAAGCAUCCAGCCUCAUGGGUGCUGAUCAAACCAAUCCUAUGAGCUUCUUUAAGGUUCACCCCUCAAUAACUGGCAUUGUAGCAUUGAACAAUCCAGAGUCCUCAACCCAAACAUUUGUAUGGGUUAUAUAUAUAUGUUUAUUUCAAGGAUAAUUUUUUUGCUGACAGAAGAUUGGGUUUUAAAAAAAAUAACAUUUUGCUUUUGUUAAAUGUGAUUUUUAAAAAAAGUGUAAAUGACUUUGGAAUAAGCAGUCACCUACAGAAGCAUGUGGUAUACAGUAUACCCUCGCUAAGCGGCACAAACUCUUAGGACAGAGAGGAAUGCAGAGUUUAUCUGCUAUUGCCAUGGUAUCACAGGCGUGUGUGGGAUGGGAGGAAGGUAGGCAGGAGAGAAGUAUUACACCACUAACACACACUGAAUACUGUCCACUGGCUUUUUUCCCCUAUCUUGCAGCACCUUUGUUUAUACACAUAGCCAUCUUGCAAUGCCUGAUUCCAAAAUGAAGAGCACUUAAUAAUAAUAAAAAGAUCUUAUAUAGGAAUAUAUUAUAUCAGUGUUUUUUAAAAGAUUUGAAAGGGAAUGAGGGAUUCUUACACUUUAUUUUGAGGGCUUUUGUGGUACAGAUUUAACUGGACAAAAUAGUUCUUAACAAUAUGGUGGUUGUUUUAUAUGUCGGUGGUUUUUUGUUGGAACAGCUGGUGCAGGUAUUUUUAAAUUUUAUUUUUUACACUUUUUUAGUUUGUUGGCAGAAAUGACACAGCAAGAUUUUUAAAGGUUUUUGUUUUUUCUUCACUUUUCUCAGCCUAAUUUUCUAACUUGCUUCCAACCACACUUAGUAGAAUCUACUUUUCCUUCUGUCACUCUUGUAUAUGCAUAGACUCCAUGCUUCCGAGCCCUUCUAACCUUAAGCAAGUCCCCCUCAACCUCCAAACAUUAGGUAGCCCUGACCUGUGAAUUCAGCUAAGAAACACCUCCCAUAUGCCCCUGUUCGGUCUAAUUGUCUUUUUGUGCAUGUAUAUGUAUGUACAUAGGAACCUUUCUGCUAGGCAUUAACUGGAGUGUGUCCAGCCUACACGUUGUGACCCUUCAUUGUUGAUGGGAGAUUGGACCUCUAAAAGAAGCAAAGCAGUUGUGUUGUGUGAAGUUCAGCACCUGGUGACCCCCCGCCCCCACUCUGUCACUCUACACCCCAUUGGAUUAAAGUAAUGGGAAGUCUUCAGGUAGAUACACCCUACCCUAGCUUUGUGUAACUUGGUUCUUUGUGGAGUUAUGGGAUAUGAGAAAGUGUGGAAAGGAUGGGACAUUUGUUGCCAAUAGCUGCUCUUUGGCAUGCUAUUCAGCUUAACGGGGAUAUGCUGUAUCAGUGAAUUUCUGUCUCAUUGGAGCUUUCUUCAGCUGUCUUCCAAGUAUUAUUUUUAUUGUAAUAAAAUAAAAAAUGUGAAAUGUAAUUUUUACAGCAGCAAUAUAAAAUAUAUUUUAUAAGAAAUAAAAUGAAAAG